AUGAGAGGUAUCAAGGCAGUUGUGGUAGGCGAUGGUGGCGUCGGAAAGACGUGCCUUUUGAUCUCGUACACGACCAACACUUUCCCCAACGACUACAUCCCUACUGUGUUUGACAAUUACUCGGCCUCGGUGAUGGUCGAUGGUGAGCCCAUCAAGCUUGGUCUUUGGGAUACUGCCGGCCAGGCUGAGUACGAUAGAUUGCGUCCGCUUUCUUACCCACAGACAGAGAUUUUCUUGUGCUGUUUCUCUGUGGUGAACCCUGACUCGUUCCAGAACGUUAGAGCUAAGUGGAUUCCCGAGAUCUUGCACCAUUCGCCAAGAGACAUUCUUAUUGUGCUUGUGGGCACCAAGGCCGACUUGCGAGACGAUUUGCAUCUUCUUGACGAGUUGGCCGUGAAGAAACAGAAACCGGUGACCCAGGAGCAGGCCGAGAAGUUGGCUAAGGAUGUUGGCGCCAUUCGUUACAUCGAGUGUUCUGCUGCUACCCAGCAGGGCGUUUCCGAGCUUUUUGACUACUCCAUUCGAAGUGUUUUGAACCCUCCUCUGCAAGCUCCAGCUGCUGCAGCCACCACAACCAAAGAUACUACUAGCACUCCAAGCAGUGCUUCACAGCUAGAAGCCGGCAAGAAGCGUAAAGUACGCAAGGCCAAGAAGUGUGCCAUCUUGUAA